AAGCAUGAGCAAUAGUACAGUGCGCGAGGCAACAGAGAGCCAGAAAGCGUGGCUACCGUGGCACUCACUCGACACACGUGGCUGUGUUUAUAUCGGGAUGAACAUAUGUCCUUUUUAUUCUUCGUGGCCCGUGGUGCGGGAGGUUUGCGGGAAGCAGGGAAACACGAGUAUUGACCUACAGCCCCUAACAAAGGACUUUCUAGAUCGCAGCAGCUUAACCAAUCCCAGAGCUGGGUUUACGUGACGUCGCCUGCUGGGCGGAACAUUUGGUGUUCGUUUGUACUGAUUGGACUUAAGUGUCAUAGCCAAGAAUUUUCUUGAUAAAUUAAAGGUAUUGAAAGGAGAGCUAAUGUCAUUAUAUAAGUAGAUGUCUUGUUAAUACAAAUUAAUGUGUUGCUGAAGGAAAGACUGCGUACGCGGGUUGUGCAGGCAAGGUGAGCGUGGCCGGGUGCCGCACACCGAAACACUUGCAGGUGUUUGUAAAUAUUAACAUGGCUUCCAACUUCUACCACUCCAUGGUGCAGCAACCAACUUUUGUGCCACCUGCACAGAAUUCUGUUCUACCUGAAGCACCCAAGGAAAAAAAGAAAAGAACAAGAAAUCCUGAAAACUGGAAAAAAGAGAAAAGAAAACGUGCCAUCCUGUCCGGCCAGCCGUACGUGAACACCAAGGGAGAACUGGUUGGGCCGAGGGCCAUCGGGCCGGAUUGUAACUGUAAGAAUAAGUGUUUUAUAGCAGUCAACGAUGAGAAUCGGAACGCUAUAUUCAACGGCUACUACUCCCUGAACAGCUAUGAUGAGCAGAAUGCCUACCUUUAUGGCCUUAUUCGCCGCCACGACAUUCAGCGGAAGAGAAAGCCUGUUUCAGAACGGCGGACGUGUUCAUACAAGUAUUAUGUGCGGAUCAAAGGAAAGGAGAUCCAGGUUUGCAAGAAAGCUUUUGCCAACAUACAUGGUAUAUCAGACAAGAAGAUUCGAACACUGUGCAUCAAGCAUGAGCAGAAUAUCUUAUUUCCUCGUGACAAUAGAGGGAGGCAUCGGAACAGACCAAAAAAGGUGACACCUGAAUUGGUGACCUUGAUCAAGCAUCACAUUCUGAAGAUGCUGUCUGGACCUAAUGGUAGUGACUACAUUAAGACAGACAAGAACCAAGGUCCUGAUGUAAAUAUCUCUAAACUUCAUAAGAACUUCCUUCAGCAGUAUGAACCUGAGGCUAUAGAUAUGGAGACUGACAAGGUGAUCAAGGACCAUGAUGCAAAAGUCAAGUCUUGGCUCUACUUCAAAGUUUUCCAUGAAGAAUUCAAGUCAAUGGAUUUCAACACUGUCAAAAGGAAGCUGUCUGACCUCCGUAAGAGCCUGGAAGCCUCUGGAGCUAUCCAAACUACAAAAAAGAAAACUCCUAAGCAAUCUCGCUCCCGGCAGCGCUCACAAGAAGUCCAGAACACUCGCAACACCCCUGCCAACCUAGCAGAGGCACCAGUGCAGACACUGGGUGUGACCAUGUCAGCAGCACCGGGCACCCAGAUGACUGGCUAUAUGGGUAGCCAGCAACCUCAUGCACUGCCUCCCAACAUACAACUGAGUGUACUAGGACUGCAGCACACAGGGGGACCCUUCAAUACUGCUACAGUUCAGCAACCCCAGCAACAGCCACUCAAUCUCCAGACUGGGGGCAAUGGAGGUGGCCAAGCGGGAGAGCAACCUCAGGCUUUGCCCCUCAAUCUUCAUUCCAUGGGGAGCCACAUGCCAUCUUACUACCUCUCUCUUGGUCACAUGUCCAAUCUCAUCUCCUUGCCUGUAUCCUCUGGAGGAGGAAUACAAUCUGCCAACUCUCAGACUGCAAACUUCACUGCACAGCACAACAUGCAACCAUUCAUCCCUGCACACACAGUCAGUGCACAAGCUGAGUCUGGACCAGGAGGAGGACAGGCUCAUGUCAUCCAGGGUGGGGUAGGAGUCACCUAUACUGGUCCACAACACAACCCAAACAUGUACUGAUUACCACAGCCUCCAUGUGAUGAUCAGUGAGUGUCUGUCCUUAUCUUGUAAGAAUACACAGGUAGUGUGUCAGUUAUGCAACUUGAUGAAAGACAAUGUUUAUAUUUUUUUUGCUACAAUAUUAAAGUUUUCUUAAGUGUGGAAAGUUGAGAGGAAAUUCAUCAUUACUAUAGAGUACAUAAAGUAAGCAAACCAUGGCUGUGCUAGAAUAGCUGAUGAAUGAAUCCUUUCCUGUUGCUGUAUACUUUCGUAUUAUGGCUUCAUCACCCACUUAUUAAUACUGGAAGUCUUCAUCUCUGGAGAGUACAUAUACCUCUUGGGUGGGCAUUACACAAACAAUAUUGUAAUGAAUAUAAAUGAAAUCUAAAGUAAUUACUGUUAAUCAUGUUUUUAUAGUAAUUACUAUUAAUGUGUGUUGUAACUAAAUACAAAGCGACAAGUCUGGUACUUUCAGUUUUGAGUUGCUAUUUUUUUUAUUUGUUUGAAUACUCUGCCAUGGCUCACUAUUUUCCUAUACUGGACUGAUAUGAAUAGCCAACUAAAAGAAAUGUAAUUUUCCUUAGGCUAAAUAUAGGCAUGUUCCUUAGUACAAUAAAUCUUGCAAUAACCAGACUCACUAACAUCUGGAUAGAAGCAUACCCUGAUAUUAAACUGGAUACACACUUAUUAAUUAUCCAGACAUACACCAGCUGCCAAUGUUAACUCAGGCAGGGAGCCUGGUUCCUGGUUCCUGGUUCCUAACAGCUACUCAGAGCAUUAGAUUCCUACAUAACAUCAAGAUGAGCUCAUUGGUCCAAGCCAACCAACUCAAGGAAUUCUUUGAUCUGACAAGUGAAAUACAUUUCACUAACAAAUGUCAAACAUCAUUAUGUAAAUGCAGUGCAACACAUUUUAUGUACCACACAGUGCAAUACAUUAAUAUUAUCUAGGGCCAAAGAAUAAUAUUUGAUGAUGUACAGUGAUUAUAACACAAGCAGAAGAGUGGACAUAAUCUUAAUUUCCUGACACAAAUGAUUGUGGUGCAUUAUUAAACUGGUGAAGACUUACUGCUUGAAAACAAAUUCUGGCUCACCUUUUUUUUAGGGUAGCCUUGUGUCCAGUGGAUUGUAAAGUACUAUUGUGUAAUGAUUAUACAGUGCAUGAUGGGAGGGGAACAAAGAAAAAUUAAAGAAAAAAAAGUACAUGAUUGACAUGUACCUAUGGACCUGAAGGCAUGGAUAAUGGAAGAUUUGUAAUACAUACUUUGUAAAAAUAAGGCAUUAUGAGGCCAUCCAUAAAAUCCUCACUCUGUGCCA